AUGUACGACCAGUCGUACUUCAUUGAGGCCAUGGCGGCCGCCGGCCUGCGCGUGCUGCCGUCAGAGGACGCGCCGCCGCCGUUGUCGUACGUCCACGCGCCGCUGGCGGAGUACGGCUGGAACGUGGCCGCACCGCUGGCGGAUCAUUUUCGCGAGGUGUCGCACCUGGCGGUUGACUGUCCGUUAUUCAAGCUGUCAUCUGCGGAUCUGGUUUCGGAGGAUUGGGAGCUCAUGUGGCGCUGGCAGUCAAUCAACGACGGCAUUGUACGGGACAACUGCUACUCGUACACUGACGACAUAGGGGCGCGGAUGGCGCUGUUCAACCUGCAGAACAGUACGACCUUGUACGUCGGGUCGUACUGGGACGACGUGGACAAGGAUCGGCGAGAAAAGGCCUUUGCCCAGCUAUCAGCCGCGGGCUACCGGAUGGUUACCUCUGCUGACGUGUUCCCCACAACUAACAUAACCACCGUCAACCACCUCGGUCAACAGCAGCAGCAGGGGGUGCCGCCGGUUCGCAUGGGUCGCGAGUUCAAGGCCAUGGUGGAGUAUUUCCUGGGGAUGCGGUCCAACAGGUUUAUCGGCAAUAGCGUGUCCACAUUCGCGGCUCUAGCGCUGCUGGAGCGUCGUCGUCGGGGCGCCUGGGCCGCAUACUAUAACGGCGGGAACAUCCCCCUCGCCACGCUGCUGCCCGGUUUGUACGAACUGCCCUGGGUAUUCACGUACAACAGCUGGAGCCCGGAUUACGAGUACAUGCUGCGGGGGGCAGUACGCUCAGCUCUUUCCACGGGCUCACUGAAGCCGUACUGCAUUUUCCUGGGCAACACCAGCAGCCCCAUAGCCAACUGGUUGGUGGGGAGGGGGGUCACACUCGUACGACAUACACCCACGUGGCGGGAACAGCUGCUGGCCAAGGCGAGAUCCAAAGCAAAGGACAAUGUACACCACUCACACCUCUUCAAAACACCGGACAUGCUGGUCUCCACUUUCCAACGAGUGGAUCUGCCUGUCGUACCCGUACUGGAUCAGUACACGUACGUGCUGUACACUGAUGCUGACGUGUACUUCAGGAAGCCCAUACGUCUGGACGAUUUUGGGCUGCCGCUGCCGCGCUCAGUAUCCAUGUCGUACGAGUUCGUGGAUAUGUUUCCGUACAAUGCUGGCGUCAUCGUAGCCAACCUGCCCACCAUGCGUCAAAAUUAUAACGCCUUCAUAGCCAUGAUGCUAGCUAACGAUAACGGACUGUACUACACGAACUACGGGCCUGCGGACCAAGGGAUCAUGAACAAGUUUUACGAACAAGACCUUCGUGCUCGUAUGUUGAGUCAGGCCUUCAACACCAAGCCGUACAAUGCGUACGACCCAGCUUCCUUUAUCGUACAUUUCCACGGCCCCAAACCCCACCAGCUGCUGGCCUUCCUGACCACCUCCAAAUGCGACUUCUUCAACGUCUGCGAGAACUCUUUUCUAUAUGGCCUGUGCUCGUACGUUAAUGAGUGGUUGGAGUGGGUGUACGACGAUCUGGAGGCGCUGAGGUUACAAGACGCGUGUGUCUGGCUUGGAAAGCAAGAGGUGGCUCAGGUGUUCAAGAAGAAGUGGGGUCUGCCCGGGGAGUUGGCGGCUGUGAACCUAACGGUCCAGGGGGAUGCAGGCGCAGUUCCCCUUGUUAAUCGUACGGAGUUCGUACAGCAGCACCACCUCCAUCUGCGGCACAGCACGCACCUGACCAGAGGGCGCCGGAGAACGUCAACCUCUCUGACAGCCGCGGUGGGGCGAAUAUCCGGGGGGGCUGGCAGCAACCACCUACCUGAGCAAUCCACCGAGCAGCAGCAGCAGCAACAACAAGGGCAGAUGGGGGGCCAGGAGAAGCGGGAUGAGGGUCUGAGGGACUUUGACAAGGUGCAUGCGGUCACGGUGGACGAGGAGGAGCUGGCGGCGGCCUGGGACGCCCCCGCGGAGAGCGUUGUUGCGGUUGGGGGUGGAGAUGGAGAUGCUGGUGGUGGUGGUGGGGGGAAGUAG